UAAUAUAAACCAUAAUAUGUUUUUUCAAAAAUAAAAGUUAUUUACCUUUUAAAAAUUCUAAUAAUUAAAGUAAUCAUUUUCAUAAAUAAAAUAUUGUAAAACUCUCAUAAGAUAUGGUAAUUUUAUAAUUUAUAUAUAUAAUUAUUUAAAUAUAUGUAUAUAUGCAUAUAACGGAUCAGAUUAGAUAUUUGUUCCUCAAAAUAUUAGUUAUUGUAAUUUGCUUCGCUUUUUACGUUGCAUAUUAAUAUUUGUUUUGUUUUGUAAAGUUAGGGAUAUCUUUUUUUUUUGUUUGAAACGGAUAAAGAAUCAAAUGAAAGUUUAGCCUUAAUCGGUAUAGCCUAAAAGAAGGAACCUUAUAAGAAUAAAGAACCUAUCAAAUUAUCAAUAAUUCAAAUAAGUUAUUAUAUUUUUGUCAAUCAAUAACAUACUCAAUUAAUCUUCUAAACUAAAUUGUCUAUAAAAACGAUAUGGGACCGUUGACUCGAGUAUUCGUGUGCAAAAUUAUUCGGUCCAUGCAUGUAUUCAAUUAAAUUAGUUUUAAACAUUUUUUGUCAACUAUUUAUAUGUUUAAACCAAAUUUUGAUUGGUUGAAAGGUUAUAAUGAAGAUUCAUAAGCAUUAUAGAAUGAUCCAGCUAUGUAUUUCCUGUACCCCAAACUUUUUCUGUUCAUGACCCAAAUUAUAAUCUUUUUUUUUUUUGAGCAACACCCAAAUUAUAAUCUUACAUGCCAUUGCCUUGUUCUCACAAUGAGUGACCCUAGGGGAUUUUGUAAACAAUUAUUCGAGAUGAUUAGGUCUUGCGACUGAACAUGUUAACGUUCCAAUGUUCUUUAAAUUGUAAUAUUUUAGUAUCAAAUCAACGACAAGUGAUACAUAGAAGUUCUAGUAUUGUUUUCAAGUCUUUUUUUUUUUUUGUCAACAUUGUUUCCAAGUCUUAAACGACAAGAAACAAGUUACAUGGAGAUUUUCAUUGCGUUUAGUGUGCGAGUGUUUUCCACCUAUAAGAGUAGAAAGAAACUACUGGUAAGUUCUAAGUAAAUACAUUAAUAAUAUUGACAAGAUACCUGAAUAAUAGCAAACAAUAUAAGCAAAAUUGUUAUUCAAAUAAGGAUCCAUCUUUGAAUAAAGAAAAUAAUAGUUUAGAGGAAAAACAUUAGAAAAUAGUGAGUCUUUUCUGGCGUCCAGUUGGCAUCUUGUAAUUUGACAAUUUAAUGUUUGAAAAGUCAAAGUUGCUGGCUCUUGUCACUCUAAUAUAGUAUAGCAUCACCACGUCCAAAUAACAAAACAAACACAUCAGAAAAAAGUUCACAUAAUGCAGAUCCAAAACAUAUGUUUCAUUGCUCUAUUCAUAUCUUUGUUCAGCACUGAAACCAUUUCCGCCAUCAAAUUCAACUUCAACCAUUUCGAGGGAACAAACCUAAUCUUCAUCGGUUACGCUGAGCUAGGACCAGCAACCGAUGGCAUGAGCCGGUCAGGUGCUCUCUCCAUGACCCGUGACAAUAUUCCAUUCUCACAUGGCCAAGGACUCUACACAGACCCCAUCCCAUUUAAACCCUCCAACAACACUUCUUCUUCUGUUUACUCUUUCAAAACAUCAUUCACUUUCUCCAUCACUCCUCGCAAGUCAAACCCUAACCCUGGUCAUGGCCUCGCCUUCAUCGUGGUCCCAACCGUAAACUACGACCAAGACUCAACCCGUGGCUUCCUCGGUCUAGUUAACAAGACAACCAAUGGCAAUCCCAAUAACCAUCUUUUUGCCGUUGAGUUUGAUGUUUUUCAAGAUAAACGUUUUGGCGAUAUUAAUGAUAAUCAUGUUGGUGUUAACGUUAACUCGGUUAACUCGAUGGUUUCUGAGAAAGCUGGUUACUGGAUUCAGACAAGAACUGGAGGAAAGAAACAGUGGUUGUUUAAGGAAGUGAAGCUAAGUAGUGGAGAGAAGUACAAGGCUUGGAUCGAGUAUAAGAAUAGUAAGGUUAGUGUUACGCUCGCUCCUGCGCAUUUGAAGAAACCGAAGAUGCCAAUGAUUGAAACACAUGUUGAUCUUUCUGAGGUUGUUCUUGAGACAAUGUACACCGGUUUUGCUGGUUCGAUGGGCCGUGGCAUCGAGCGUCACGACAUUUGGAGUUGGAGUUUCGAGAACACCGCCAAAAACAUUUGAUUCGGUUUAUUUGGUUUGCUUUAUUUCUUUUUCUUUUAAUGUAAUCUUUGGUUACCAGUUUAAUGAUUAUAUUCUAUUCACCCUGAUUUUUUUUUCCAAAUUAAUUAAUUUUUUUUACCA